GGGCUUUCCAUUGGCCUCGGGAAGGGCGCUCCGAGGCCAGGGGCAAGGAGAAGGGAUCAGGAGCGGGAGCUGAGGGGAGGGAGAGGCCGGUCCGGGUCUGGCCGCUGCCGCUGCUCGCUCGAGGUCUCCAGGCCCGCUUGUGGCUCUGUCCUCGGCUUCUGGGCACCGUCUGGGAAGCUCCGCCGGGCCAGCGAGGGACAGCCGCGCGCGGCGGCCGCCGCAUCAUGUCAGCCAAGGACGAGCGGGCCAGAGAGAUCCUGAGGGGCUUCAAACUAAAUUGGAUGAACCUUCGGGAUGCUGAGACAGGGAAGAUACUCUGGCAAGGAACAGAAGACCUGUCAGUCCCUGGAGUGGAGCAUGAAGCCCGUGUUCCCAAGAAAAUCCUCAAGUGCAAGGCAGUGUCUCGAGAAUUGAACUUCUCUUCAGCAGAGCAAAUGGAAAAAUUCCGCCUGGAACAAAAAGUUUACUUCAAAGGGCAAUGCCUAGAAGAAUGGUUCUUCGAGUUUGGUUUUGUGAUCCCUAACUCCACAAACACCUGGCAAUCCCUGAUAGAGGCAGCACCCGAGUCCCAGAUGAUGCCAGCCAGCGUGCUAACUGGGAAUGUUAUCAUAGAGACAAAGUUUUUUGACGACGAUCUUCUUGUAAGCACAUCCAGAGUGAGACUUUUCUACGUUUGAGAGAAGAAUGUGUAUGCUUUUCAAGAAUUUGGGUUUUUUGGGGGGAAGGAGGAAACUUUACAUUUUUUCCUCCACACAUUUGAUUUUUGACACUUCCACCCCUAAUUCCUCUAUGGCAAAACCUGCCUGCAGCCACCAGGGGACCAGCUCUGUGUAGGUAACAGAUGACUUUUUUCUUUCAAGCCACCAUAUUCCACUGACCAGACUAAACUCCCAACCCCAGACCAGGGCAAGAGGGUGUGUCUGGACUCCUUCCCAGGGUGAGCACGGGGACAAACAUACCAGAGCCUAUACUGUUCCCAGCUCUGGGGAAGAAUGUGCGUGCAUUUUAAGAAUUGGGGAUUUUUGGAGGGAAAGAGGAACUUUACUUUUUUCCUCCACACAUUUGAUUUUUGACACUUCCACCCCUAAUUUCCUCUGUGGCAGAGGGUGUGUCUUGACUCCUUCCUGGGGUGAACACAGGGAUGAACAUACCAGAGCCAAUGCUCUUCCCAUCACCCUCCCUGCCUCCUCCUUGGGCCCUGCAGGUUUUGGAAAAAUUCAUGUUCCUGACCCAUGUUUACUUUUUUCCUACCAUUUCUAUUUCAUACAUUCUCAUACAUUUAACCUGUAAAAUAGACUGUGAUAUUAUUACAUAAUGAAUUAAAACAUAUGCAUUAAAAUGUUCCUAAAGUC